GAGGAAUUUCAAAAUCAGAUUUUGAAAUUCAUUUCCAAUGGAGCAUUAGAUUAGAUUUUAGGAUUUAUUUACAUAAACAAGCCGCCGGCGAACGUGUCACACUCUCAUCUCUCACGACCGCCCAGUUCGCUCGCUCUCUCUCUCAUGCCGCCGUUCCCCGCAGGUACUCACUCUCAUUUCAAACUCGUCUCUCACGAUUUUCACUCUCAUCCCAACGUUUUGUGUUUAAGAUCUGUUGUUGGGUUCGCGUUGCAUCCCAAAAAUCGGAUUCACCGAUCUGGGUUGGGUUAGGCAUCGAGUAGAAGAAUCGAUGAAUUCGAAUUUUCGGGUUGGUCCAAAGAAAGCUCCAUAACUCGAACCGAUGACGCGAUGAACCGUGAAGUUCCCGCCUUACAGCCUCCGGCUCAUCACUGAGCAGCGACCUAUCCGAAAACCAAGCUCCCAUGGCUCUUGCGCACCAACACCACUUCCUCAACUCAUUUCAUUCCAUUCGCAAGCCCAAUCUGAACCAAUACUCUCCCAAUUCUCACUUGUUUUUUCAAUUCAAUACCCAGAAACUCGUCUGCUCAUGUGCAACAUCUCCAAAUCCCACCACUCAGUCUCCAUCCCCGAUUUUCCUCCCUUUUCUCGAGGAAAACGAGGAACAAGAAGAAGAAGAAGAAGUUAAAGGAGCUCAUCGCCAUGAAGGAAACAAGAUGGAAGAUUGGGAUGACCCACUGUUCAGAUUCUUCAAAUCACGCACUUCAACGACGCAAGACCCCCAGCGCGAAAGCAAAGUCUCCCUUCAGAAGAAUCGCCGUUCUUCUUGGCAUCUUGCCUCUGGUUCCGAAUUUGCGGAUGAAGCUGAAAUUACAAUCGACGAAGUCGCCGGACAAUUGAGUUCUGUGAGUCAGAAUUUUAGGGCCUUACCUGACGGCGUCGUCGGAGACAUUAUGCGAACUGCGAGGAACUUGCCGGAAAAUACGACCCUGGGAGAGGCUUUGGCAGAUUUCGAUGGGAGAAUUGGGGAGAAACAAUGUAUGGAGGUGUUACGUUUGUUGGGUGAGGAGAAUCUUGUGGUAUGUUGCUUGUAUUUCUUUGAAUGGAUGGGUUUGCAGGAGCCUUCGCUUGUUACACCUCGUGCUUAUUCUCUUAUUUUUCCGUCGCUGGGGAGAGCUGGAAUGGGAGAAAAAAUUAUGGUAUUGUUCAAGAACCUUCCGCUCAAGAAGGAAUUCCAGGAUGUUCAUGUGUAUAAUUCAGCAAUGUCUGGGCUCAUGUUCUGUAACAGGUAUAAUGAUGCUUGCAAGGUCUAUGAGGCCAUGGAAACAAAUAAUGUUAAUCCAGAUCAUGUGACAUGUUCUAUAAUGAUCACAGUCAUGAGAAAAAUCGGCCGCAGUGCAAAGGAUUCCUGGGAUUACUUUGAGAAAAUGAACAAGAAAGGAGUAAAAUGGAGUCCAGAAGUUUUGGGUGCCCUGAUUAAAUCGUUCUGCGACGAGGGGCUCAAGAGUCAAGCGCUUAUCAUCCAAUUGGAGAUGGAGAAGAAGGGGGUUGCUUCGAAUGCGAUCGUGUAUAACACGAUCUUGGAUGCUUUUAGUAAAUCGAACCAAAUCGAGGAAGCCGAAGGUCUCUUUGCUGAAAUGAAAGCUAAAGGGGUGAAACCGACUAGUGCAACAUAUAACGUUUUGAUGGAUGCAUACAGUAGGAGGAUGCAACCUGAGGUUGUUGAGAAGCUUAUGCUUGAGAUGAAGGAUGUGGGUUUUGAGCCUAAUGUGAAGUCAUACACUUGCUUGAUUAGUGCUUAUGGAAGGCAAAAGAAAAUGAGUGACAUGGCUGCAGAUGCAUUUUUGAGGAUGAAGAAAAAUGGCAUUAGGCCAACUUCACAUUCAUAUACAGCUCUUAUCCAUGCCUAUUCUGUAAGCGGUUGGCACGAGAAAGCCUACUUGACAUUCGAGAACAUGCAACGAGAAGGUUUAAAGCCAUCCAUUGAAACUUACACGACUCUGCUCGAUGCAUUUAGGCGUGCGGGUGACACUGUGGCAUUGAUGAAGAUUUGGAAACUUAUGAUUAGAGAAAAAAUAGAAGGGACAAGAGUAACAUUCAACAUACUGCUAGAUGGGUUUGCAAAACAGGGUCAUUAUGUUGAAGCUAGAGAUGUGAUUUCUGAGUUUGGAAAGAUUGGAUUGCAACCAACCGUCAUGACAUACAAUAUGUUGAUGAAUGCAUAUGCAAGGGGAGGGCAACAUGCAAAGAUGCCACAGCUGCUGCAGGAGAUGGCUGCUCGAGAACUAAAACCCGACUCGGUUACUUAUUCAACCAUGAUCUACGCCUAUGUUCGUGUUCGCGACUUCAAACGAGCUUUCUUCUAUCACAAGAAGAUGGUAAAAAGUGGACAGGUGCCAGAUGUGAAGUCAUACCAGAAACUUAGAGCAAUUUUGGAUGUAAAACUUGCUACAAAGAACAGGAAAGACAAGAGUGCCAUUCUGGGUAUAAUAAACAGCAAAAUGGGGAUGGUGAAAGCCAAGAAAAAGGGCAAGAAAGAUGAGUUCUGGAAGAACAAGAGAAAGCAUGUGAAAACUCAGAGAGUUUCUCCCAUGGAGGCAAAGAGUUGAAUGGACCACCCAUUUGGGCUUUUGAAUCAUCAUAGUAUGGGCUGAGAAAGCCCAUAAUUUGGCAAAUGUGUAGGCCCUUUGUUGCUCCAAAUGGGCCUACAUUGGCACAACAGAUUGGUAACUAAUGAUGAAGAAUAUUGUACAUUACGAAAAAAGGAGAACUAAGCUCUUCUUUUAUCACGUGUUAAAGUUAGAAAGGGGUUUGUUCUCUACUAAGAAAAUGGAAGAAUUUUAUGAUGGCGUAUUCUAAUU